GGAUUACGCGUAUUUGAUUGUGGUCCUAUUCUGUGAUGACCACUUGUCACGUGCAGGACGUAUGAAAUUUUUCUCGAAUCAUGCUUCCACGCCUCAGUACUGUUCGCUCUUUGACACGGUUUUGACGGUUCAAAUCGGGCUCUCUCUCUUGCGCUCAUCACUCUCGCCGUUGAUCAGAACGAAUUCUUCUCGGGGAGUCCUGUGAAACGCGGCACAAUCACAGCCGCGGGGUCUGGCAGUUGUGCUUAAUCGCGCUCACGAUUAGAUCAAAUUUGCUCGUCGUGCUUGUCGAUACACACCGAGUGUUAGAAUUAGCACAGUUGGGAUCCGUCCUUCCGUCGAACGACAUACGAUCCGAUCCGAUCACCGAUCGCAUCCACAUUCAGCACAUUUGAUCAGUUAACGCAUUUAUCUCCAUCAUAAAUCUACGAUUUUCCCAAGAGUUUGAAGCGCGCGCGUGUCGACGGAAAAACAGCAAAAUCAGUUGAUCUUCGUGAGUGUCGAAUAUUGAAACGCCUAAUUUACUGGGAUGAAAAAUGUAGUGUUUCGAACGACCGAUUAUUGUUAUUGCGCGAGUGGCCGUUAGUAGGCGUUUGCAGCAGACGCAGCAUCCCGCUUAUCACAGGAUGGAGUGUCGCUUCCUUUUUUCCGUUUUUGAACCAAGUGUGAUCGUGUAGUGCAGAGUGGAUUUUUUUUCAAGACUUGUGACGAACUGAUAGAAUUGUGAUUGGAUAGUCGGAGUAAAACUUACAUAUUAUUGUUUGGUUGAAUUAGAAGAACUGGACUGGUGCUAUCAAUUGUUUUAUAAACAGUACUGUUAUCGGGAAUUCGCAACUUGAAGGCACUGAAUUAUUACCGAUGGUUCCAACAGGAUAACCGACCCGUCGCAACACCCGAAGUCGACCAUAAGGAUGUAAUACUAUGGAAGUUCACAUCAGAGACGAGCGUCACUGUUACACCGCCGAAAGCUGGACGAACUUUGCACCAAUUGCAUUCUACACGAGGAUUUUGCUUCUACUGUUGCUCCAGCUCGAUCUACCGGAAGAGUGCCUUCAACAAUUGCCUUUUGAGAGGUGGGAACGCUGAUCUGCUGCGUUGUGUCGGGGAGGAAAAUUAAUCGCUAAUAGUGAGCCGCACCGAGACGCACUUUUCCAGCUUACGCAAGCCCAUCCGGUCCCGACCUGACAUUAAUAAUCGCAACCGGCAGUCCCGCGAUCCCUUCUAUUCAUACAUAUAUUCUGAUCUUGAUCUGAUGAUCUGGUUCGCAGGAAGUGGCCCAGCUCGGAGUGUACGCAAGUCAUUAGAGGAAUAAAUAAAUCGUAUCGGUUCAUAGCAAGUUAACGCCGAGAAAAGGCAGGGAGCUACCCAGUGUUUCUGUAAUACGCUAGCGUCAACAAAGCAAUGAUGAAUGUGCUAAUAAGAUGAUAGGAAUUAAUUGAGUUUCUUAUGUGAUAAGUGAAUUGUGCGCUCCUCUUUCUCAUGAUGUGAUGUUUCCCUUCGGCGAAAAAAGAUAAAUGAAUAUAAUCAAUUAAUUAUACCGAAGUUAUAGGCUAACUUGUAUGCAGAUAUAUUUCAUACAAACAAACGCAGUCAUCGGCACGGGAACAAAAGAUUCGGUUCAAGAUUUGUACUGGAUGAUGUUGAGGUUGCUGAGGAUUAGGGAAGAAUCACCCACUUUAUAACCGACCCACCGCGUGCGCAGAGGCGUUGAGUUGAUGUGUACCCGGAACGUAACACUUUCAAUAAUUGGAGAAAUUUUACGGUUGAUCACAACGGUAACCGCGAGCUGUGAAUUGUAGCCACCUGUGCUUAGCCGAUUCUGGAGUGAGGUGAGGUGAGGGUGAAAAAUGACACCGAAGGAAUGGUAUGCACUGUUUGCAUUCUAUGCUGCCUAUCUGUUCUUCGGCGCGAGCGUAUUCUACCACAAUGAGCACGCGAUGGAGAUCGAGCGGCGCGCCAGCGAACUGGCCGAGCGAAUCGAGAUGAAUGAGCUUCUCACCAAAUAUCUGGCACCCGAGGAGCAGGAACUACAAAACGAACUGCUCGUCCGCGUGUCCGGGUACUGCGGCAGGAAGCUGACAAACCACACGACGGACGAGUUCACGGAACCGUACGUUUGGAACUUCUACCACUCGUUCUACUUCGCGUUCAUCGUGUGCUCAACGAUUGGUUAUGGCAACAUUUCACCGAACAACACAUUCGGGCGGAUUUUCAUGAUCUUCUACGCGCUGAUAGGCCUUCCGGUGAAUGGUUUCUUCUUCGCAUACCUGGGCGAUAUGUACGGGAAAACUUACGUACGACUGUACCGACGCUACAAGGCCUACAAGAUGUCCUCCAACUCGCACUACGUCCCGCGAAAGUUCAGCUUGAUCGGUCAGAUUGCGCUGUAUCUGAUACCGGGAAUUGUGAUAUUCAUUUUCCUUCCGGCGAGCGUUUUUUGCUACUUCGAAAAGUGGCCCUACGAUGUCGGGGUGUACUACGCGUUUGUGACGCUGACAACGAUCGGAUUCGGAGAUUACACGAGCACCUUCGAACCAUCGCAAGAGCAUGAGUUUGGGAUUGUGUACACGCUCUAUCGGGUGUUUGUUAUACUGUGGUUCUUCGCUGGGGUUGGCUAUGUUUUCAUGAUUCUCGGGUUCAUAGCGAAGGGUCUAGCACACGAGAAGGUUCAACGGUUGGAGAAAAUGCUGGCUUAUAAUGUAAUGGAAACCCAACAGCGGGUCUGGAAUGGUGUGACCAAAGAUAUAAGUUACCUACGGAAGAUAUUGAACGAAGUUUACAUGCUCAAAUUCAAGCCAGUCUAUAAGGAACCAUCGGAUCGGCUAAUUCUGAUGAACAUUGGCCGCUCGGCCUCUUGCCCUGACCUGACUAUCUAUCGGGAGGAAGCGAUGGAUUUGAUGGCGGUGCUUGCUAGGAAGCGUGCCUUUUCCAUGACCGUAACGGCGGCAGAGCUAGAUGCGCAGUCACAACAACCAGCCCUUGCGCGACGUUCAUCUGACAGUGAUCUCUGCCGAAUCAACCGAGAGAAAACCUUCGGAGUUGAAGCAUUGGUGCAACCAGCCGAGCUGUUGGCGAAAGUUGUUACCGCUCUCGGGAAUAUAACCACUGUCGACGAGGACACCCAGAGUAUAUUUGAGCGAACAUCGACGAAUGGUGGAAUAAAUUGUUUCUCGGACUCGCAGAUAUUAGCCAGCGAACGAUCAUGGUCGGGUUGGUCGAUUCCAGGCUCGGAUAAGAAUUACGCAAUGUCACCGCCUACCGAACGCCCGAGAGCAUUCUCUGUCAUAGGACCCACUCUACACCAACCAACUAAUCCCAACGAUUGGACUUGGAGCGCCGGUGAUAAUAUGCAGAUCAAGGAAAUGAUGAAGAUUAGGCAGAAGUCAAUGACGAAUCCUCGUAAAAGUUUGCUGCGAGCAGCGAUCUCAAAUAGCAAACAAUACGGUUCGAACCUUUCGGUUGAUAUGCCCCCCGCUCGGGACGAGCUCCAGCCAAAGAAUCGAGGACUUCUUGGACGCCUUGGUAUCUUCCGAAAGCGUUUAUCCGCUUCCGAAAGCAAACGGAAUUCAAUAUUUGAUGAGGAAGCUCCUCGUCCAGUAGAAAGCUAUCUAGCAAAAACACGAAAUGGAAGAGCUUCGAUGUUUAACUUCCCACAGCAUAACUAUUUGACGGCUACCUCGGGCGGAAGGAGUAGUCUGUUUUCACCACGUCCCAGCGAUGAACAUGUUCUAGAAACCACAACAAUUGGCGAUCUACUCCGUGCACUGGAACAAGCACACAUGCAGAGUGUAGCACCGAAUUAUUCCACCAUAGGCUACAACGAUUCUCGAAGACGAAAAGACGGCACAUCGAGUCCUCCUCGAAUGCCAUCGCUGGCGAACCUCUUCGUGAAUCCCCCUGGUUCACGAAGAGGCUCCCUGAAACCACCUGCUAGUCAAAAUCCAAGCAUAACCAUUCAGACUAGUCCGCUCAGCCAAAGUCCUGUGUCUUCGUCGUACCGUUCAGCAAACCCUCCGCCUUAUAGUGCCGCUACAAACUACCCAACCUCGCCCAAACCGAUGCACAGACGCUUUAGCGUUCGUCCCUCGAAUUUAGCGUACCCUCCCGGCAAAUGUCCACGCUCCGCCAGCAUUUCGUCGGAUAUUCCCAUUCCCCAGACCGCUUCGUUACAGGUUCCCACUACAACUCUGCAACGGCGCCUGUCGGCCCGUCCCAGUCCUCUGGCUGGCCAAAGUCAAACGCUACCCCUGGUCGGAAGCUAUCCCGGUGGAACGCCCAGCACAUUGACAACCAAACCAAAUUGGCGCCCAACUUAUCUGCGAUCGGACUCAGCCCAAAUGAACCCGCGUUCACCUGGAUUGCAGCAGCGGGGACCAGCAGCAGCCCCUGCUAAUGCUGCCGCCGCGACAGCACUGGGAAAACGGUGCCGCCAUAGUAGUGUAUGCCAAAUGGAGAACCCCAAGCGUGGUGAUUUUAGUUGAUGACCCAAACGCUUGGGUGAUUUUUCGUUGUUGUAAAUAUCCUGAUAAACACAAGUGACAGAUGAGACAAAUCAGUAUUGCCUAAGAAAAGAGUGGUUAGUGUAGAUUAUACGCGAAUAAGCGAACAGAUUCCAGUAAACUAGGUCUGUUGAUAGUUUUUUUUAAUGUGGACCUUCUAGAGAAUAGCAUUUUAGUAAGUCGGCUGUUACGUUUGUUUUAGUUUUAAUAUUGAAAUAUCUACAAUGUUAACUAGUCUGUUAUGCAUGUUUCCUAUUCGAAGCUGUAGCCAUAUUCGUUUAAGAGUACUAUCGAAGGUUAUGAGGUAUGCUAGGAAAGUUACAAUGUUGUUAUAAUUCAGUCGAAUGAACAUUCCAAUUUCAUUCCAUUCCAAAACUUUCGAGAGUGUUGGUUCGUUUUUUUAGAGAAAUCCAUUCACGUGGUAUGAUACUAACAAUACAAUUUCAUGAUUGAAAUAAAAUAACAGUGGAAAUUUCGAAUGUUGGUUGUCUUUGAGGAACAUUGGCUCUAUCGCGUAAGGUAAAUGAUUUUGGUUUGGCCAGUCGAAAAUAUGAUCAUGAAUUGUCCACGUUUUUGAAUG